AUGGAGUCUCUGAAGCUCCAUAACUCAUUGAAGCCCGGUGCGCCGGUGCCCUUUGUUCCCAUCAGGUCUGGAGAGGUGUCCUGGUACGCCUGCGGUCCGACCGUCUACGACUUGAGUCAUCUGGGACAUGCGCGCAACUAUGUCUCGACUGAUAUUAUCCGGCGCAUUCUACACCACUUCUUUGGCUUCAAGCUCAACUUUGUCAUGAACAUCACGGACAUUGACGACAAGAUCAUCAUCAAGGCGAGAAGACAGCGAUUACUCGAAAUCGAAAAGAGCAAAAACUACUCCAAAGAAGAGCUCGCAAAGCUGACACGUGCGGCCUUUAAAGCGUAUGCGGCCAGCAGCCUGCCAUUGCUGGUGGAAAAUGGAAGCGAUUUGGACGAGACGACUUAUAUUGCUCAACGAGACGCUUCGUAUGGCAAGAUCCUCACCGGUGGCACCUUGGCUGGAGAGGGAAAGCCGGGAGAUGCCGAGGCCAAAGUCAAGAUGCACAUCAGCAACAUGGAUGCUGCGGCAGAAGCUCUCAAGAACGGUUCGAUAUUCCCCGGAGCCGACGAAAUCUUCCUCCCUUAUCUCGACUCUCUCUAUAAGGAAUCCGUCGAUACACGCGACCAGACCAUGUUUACAGACUUAACCAAGAAGAUGGAAGAUCUGUUCAUGGCCGAUAUGGAUGCGCUGAACGUUCUCAGGCCGGAUCACAUCACAAGGGUGACCGAGUAUGUUCCCCAGAUUGUCAAGUUUGUGGACCAGAUUGUGAACAAGGGGUUCGCAUAUGAGUCCGAAGGGUCUGUCUACUUCGACAUUGGCGCUUUUGAAAAGGCAGGCAAUUCUUAUGCCCGUCUACGUCCUGAAAGCAAAAACGACAAAGCUCUCCAAGAAGAGGGCGAGGGAUCUCUGUCAAAGAACUUGGGAGGCAAGAAGGGUGCUGGUGAUUUUGCCCUCUGGAAAAAAUCAAAGGCUGGAGAGCCCUUUUGGCCCAGCCCAUGGGGUGACGGUAGACCUGGCUGGCAUAUUGAGUGCUCAGUCAUGGCGUCUGAUAUCCUAGGCUCCCAAAUGGAUAUUCAUUCUGGUGGCAUCGACCUUGCCUUCCCUCAUCACGAUAACGAGCUGGCCCAGAGUGAAGCUUACUUCUGCGAACAUGGCAAAGGCGAGCAUACCUGGGUCAAGUACUUCCUUCACAUGGGACAUCUCUCCAUUUCGGGGUCCAAAAUGUCCAAGUCCUUGAAGAACUUCCAGACCAUCCAAGACGCAUUGGCAACCAGCUACACACCACGAAGCAUGCGCAUCGUCUUUUUGAUGGGCAAAUGGAAUGACGGCGUCGAAAUCUCACCAGACAUGAGAGCUCAAGCUGAUAACUGGGAAUCGACCAUCAGCAAUUUCUUCACAAACACAAAGUCAUGGCUGGCUGAGGCGGGCAUCGAGAGCGGCGUAAAGUCACUCAGCAUUGGCUCCGACAAGUCUGCCACCGGUCUCCUUGCUGAGCUCGAACAGGCCAAGAAGGAUGUCGAGGCGGCGCUCGCAAACUCAAUUGAUACCCCGCGAGCAAUGCUGGUCAUCUUGAAGUUGGUUAACACCACCAACAGUUAUCUCAAGGACAACAAGGACACGGAUCUCACUGAAGUCGAGGCUAUUGCUCGCUAUAUUACCAAGUUGGUGGGCAUCUUUGGCCUUGAUGCCAAUGCUCAGCCUCCCUACGAAGGCCUUGGCUGGGCCUCUGUGAUUUCUGAGAACACAGAUCCCGAAACUGCUGUCAAGCCCUAUGCUGAAGUGCUCGAGAAGGUCAAGUCAGAUAUUGGCGCCCUCUCGCUGUCCAACGAGGCCGUCAGUACGCUUCUCUCAAGAGAUCCUACCACGGAAUUCCAAGCCAUUGCUCAAGGAGGCUCUCGUGAUAUAGAGAGAUUAUCGCUGCCUUACUUGAGGGUAGUAUCUCAGAUCCGUGACGAGCUCCGUCGCACUGUCUCUUCUUACGAUCCGCAAACCAAGAAGGCGAUUUUGCAAAUCACAGACCGAAUUCGCGACCAGGACCUUACCAACCUCGGCGUUUAUCUUGAUGACCGGCCUGAUAACCAGCCAUCGCUUAUCAAAUUCGUGCCCGCUUCGGAACUUAUCGCUGCUCGCGAGGAGAAGAUUGCACGAGAAGCCGAGAAGGCAAGGAAGAAGGAAGAGGCAAGACUUGCCAAGGAAAAGGCUGACCAAGAGGCCCGAGAAAAGGCAAAGGUCCCUCCAGAGGAGCUAUUCAAAAAAGAUGAGCGUUACAGCGCCUGGGAUGAGCAGGGACUUCCCACCAAGCUAAAGGACGGCAACGAGGUACCCAAGAGCCAGCUCAAGACGCUCAAGAAGGCAUGGGAUAGACAAAAGAAGAUUCAUGAGGAUUUGAAGGCCAAGGGAGGCCUGUGA